AUGUCCUUCACGCCCGCUGACCAAACACAACUACCGACGCCUUCCGACACCCCCAAGGCCAUGGAGCACGACGCGCCCUCUCCAGCCUCAUACGCGAAUCACUCGACCACCUGGACACCGGUCGACAGCGUGACGCCAGUCUCUACCAAUCCGUCGAAGAAGAGAUCGCGCGAGGAUUCACACUAUGACCCAGAGGCGGACGGCUCUUACUUCACCUCUACAGACCCCGCUGCGUCCGCUCCCGAGGAAGAACCUAUCUACGGCGAAGGCAUGGUGCUCAUCAACCCAAGGACAGGCGUAUCCAUUCCCGCGGAGAGCCAGACGGGAACAUGGUAUGAGGAAAAGGUGGAAGAGAAGGCGCAGGAGGAAGAGCUUGUGGCCGCCCAGGCUAGGCCCAAGUUGCCCACCAGCCGCAAAUCUGUGCGUUUGUCCCAGCCCUCGAUCCGUCCGCCGCUGGAUACCUCCUCUGUGGCUUCCGCGCCGGCCAGUCCAACAAAAACAGCCGUGGAUCGACCCGAGUUCGACGAGGCCACCCUGGCAUUGGGCAUUGGCUGGACCCAGAUGUCUUCGGAAGACGCAGCCUUGCAAGGCGCGGCUCGAGGCUGGGCCAGAUACUUGGACAACCAUUACGCUCGGCACAUUCACGGUGCGCAAAUUCUGCUCAAGAGUGCCGGACUCAAUGCCUAUCUCGUUAGAGCCCAGGAAGGAUACUUCCUGUUUAGCGAAAAUUUGCUUGAGGGAAAAUUGGUAGGCAGGACGUGGGAGACGUGCUUGGGAAAUCUAAGAUCGCAACCCAUCGUCUUUGCAGGGCAAGAGGUUCUGCGCGCGGAAAGGACGCCAGGACCGGAAGCCGCCAACGCCCAGCCCCAACAGAACAAAUUGGAGAACUGGGCGGACUACAAUCGACUGAACAAUCUCCAACCCGUUACCGUCACUAAUGGCGGAAUGGACCUCGACUGA